AUGGCUCCUACAAUCACUGCAGCGAGGACCAAUUCUCAGGAGCAUCUGACUCUGACCCACAAGAUCAGAGCCUCUCUGGAGGAGUUACGCAGAGAGAGAAUCAACAGCAGCAUUGAGCAGCUCAAGUCUCUCCUGGAUCCAGAGUUCCUCAAACAGCAGCCAGACUCCAAGCUGGAGAAAGCAGACAUCCUGGAGAUGACCGUGUGUGUCCUGAGGCGACUGCAGCAGCAGAAUCAAGCUGUGGACUCUGCAGCUGUUGGUCAGGGCUACUCCAGAUGUGUCCAAGAGGUGAACCACUUCCUGUCCAGGAGACGGAAGACCCCGUCCAAGAGAAGACUGAUGCACCACUUCAAAUAA